UUUCGACUACGCUUCGCCUUUUGUUUUCUCCCAUUUCAUAUAAACGAAUUCAUCCACAGCCAACAAUGUCGACCGCAGACGACUUUAUCAUGACGAUCAACGACGACGACGAGGUCCCUGAUCUCGAGGAGUCGCUGGAUCAGUCAUCCGACGAGGAGCCGCAGCCAGCCAAGGCAGCGCAGAAGAAGCGCAAGGCAUAUAGCAAGGACAAGCACAGCAAAAAGGCCAAGGCCGAGGCCGGAGACAUUGCAAAGGGAUUCAUGGUUGAUCUUGACACCGACGGUUUGGACGCAGUGCCGCAGACGCUGGACUUCACAUUGGCGCGCGCAUCGCUGAAGAAGCGCAAGAGCCCGGACUCGUUCUCUACACUUGACGAGAAGAUCGCUGCGGCGCGGCGGGCAGCCAGGAUUGCAAAGAAGACCAAGCAGGUGGAGGAGGAUGGCGUAGAGAAGGAGAGCGAGUCUGAGGACGAGGCCGACGAGGAGGGGGAUGAGAGCGAGGCUGGCGUUGAGGCCGAGUCCGGUGACGAUAAGGAGAGUGCAGGACCCGAGGACAAGUCAGACGACGGCGAGGAAUCUGAGUCUGAAUCUGAGGAGUCCAGCUCCGAGUCUGAGAGCGAGAGCGAGAGCGAGUCGGAUGUCAGCAGUGACAGCGAGUCCGAGGUUGAUGAGGUGCAGGAGGCCCGCAAGCGCGCGUACUUUGCACCGACAUCCGAGGUGCCAGAAGAGCUGCCCGAGGCGUUCACAAACAUGAACCUGUCGCGGCAGAUCAUGAAGGGACUUGCCAAGCUCGGGUUCGAGCAGCCGACGGCGAUCCAGGCCAAGACGAUCCCGGUAGCCCUACUCGGCAAGGACGUUUGCGGUGGUGCACAGACAGGGUCGGGAAAGACCGCGGCAUUCUUUAUUCCGAUGCUUGAGCGGCUGCUGUACCGGCCCAAGCACGUUGCGGCUACCCGUGUGCUGGUGCUGUGCCCGACGCGCGAGCUGGCGAUUCAGUGCCACAAUGUCGGCACCAAGCUGGCUGGGUUCACAGACAUCUCCAUGUGUCUUUGUGUCGGUGGGCUGUCGCUGAAGCUGCAGGAAGCGGAGCUGAAGCUGCGGCCUGACAUUGUGAUUGCCACGCCUGGCCGGCUGAUCGACCACCUGCGCAACAGCCAGUCGUUCCAUCUGGACCAGAUCGAGAUCCUAGUCAUGGACGAGGCUGACCGCAUGCUGGACGACGGAUUCGAGGACGAGCUGACAGAGAUCAUCAAGUCGACGCCCAAAAAGCGCCAAACCAUGCUGUUCUCGGCGACCAUGACAGACAACGUCGACAAGCUGAUCCGGCUGUCGCUGAACAAGCCAGUAAAGGUGCAGAUCGACCCGCCCAAAUCUGCAGCCAAGGGCCUGACGCAGGAGUUUGUGCGCGUGCGCACCAACAAGGACGAGGACCGCACCGCCCUGCUUGCGGCGCUGUGCAAAAGGCAUUUCAAAGAGAAGUGCAUUAUUUUCUUCCGCUCCAAGGCAGCCGCGCACCAGAUGAAGAUCAUCUUUGGCCUGCUGGGCAUGCUUGCGGCCGAACUGCACGGCAACCUGUCGCAGGAGGGCCGGCUGCAGGCGCUUGAGCAGUUCCGCGACGGCCACGUCAACUACCUGAUGGCCACGGAUCUGGCCGCCCGUGGUCUCGAUGUGCAGGGGAUCGAGACAGUCAUCAACUACACGAUGCCGAACCAGUUUGCCCAGUACCUGCAUCGCACCGACCGCAAGAUGCUCAAGAUGACAGUCAAGCACUCGGCCAAGGACAAGAUCAAGCAGCGCGUGGUGGCGGCAGAGACGCUCAGCAAGUACCGUAACAAGGUCGAUGCGCUGGUCGAGCAGGUCAAGGAGAUCCUGGAGCAGGAGAAGCAGGAGAAGAUGCUCAAGGACGCCGAGAUGGAGGUCACCAAGGCGUCAAACAUCAUCACGCACCAGAGCGAGAUCCAGAACCGCCCGCGCCGCACAUGGUUCCAGUCGACCAAGCAGCGCAAGGAGUCCAAAAAGGUCGCCGACAUGGCGUACGAGGGCAAGAAAAAGUUCAAGUAGGGGAUUUUUAAUGAAAACUGG